UUCAAAAUGAACACAAGUGAGUUCCGUGAGUUCGGCAAAUCCGCCGUGGAUUAUAUCGCUGAUUAUUUGGACAAUAUUAGAGACAAAAAGGUAAUCUCAUCGAAGAAACCAGGAUUUCUGCAGAAUAAGUUAACAAAAUCUACGCCAAUAAAUGGCGACCCAUGGCAAGAUGUUAUGAGGGAUGUCGAUCAACUUAUAGUACCUGGCUUAAGCCAUUGGCAAUCUCCUAAUUUCCAUGCUUUUUUCCCCACAUCCAACUCAUACCCUGGAAUCGUGGGAGAGCUGAUGUGUGCAGGGUUGGGAGCUGUAGCAAAAGACUGGAUAUCAAACCCAGCAUGCGUGGAAUUAGAAGUAAAAAUGAUGGACUGGCUGGCAAAACUUCUAGACCUCCCAAAAGAAUUCCUAAACAGUUCUGAAGGACCUGGUGGCGGUGUUAUACAGAACGCCGCAAGUGAAUCCACUUUAGUAGCUGUCCUCUCUGGAAUGGCAAGAUCAGUCAAAAACGAACAAAUUUUAAACCCUCACAGAUCCGAAGCUGAAAUAAAAUCCAAACUCGUCACUUACACUUCUCUGCACUCAAAUUGCUCGGUGGAAAAGGCUGGUUUACUCGCUUCAGCACCAAUGAGAUUAUUAGCCACGGAUAAACACAAUAGACUAAGAGGUCACACUCUCGAGGAAGCAAUAAGGAAAGAUAGAGAGCAGGGUUUUAUACCGUGUUGUGUUGUAGCCACUCUCGGUACAACAGGCACAUGUUCCUUCGAUAAUUUAGAAGAAAUCGGUUUAAUUUGUCGGAGGGAAAAUAUAUUUCUCCACGUAGAUGCCGCAUACGCGGGAGCCGCAUUCGUAUGUCCAGAAUAUCGACACUACAUGAAAGGCGUGGAUUAUGUCGACACAUUUAGUUUUAACCCCCACAAAUGGAUGCUGGUGAACUCCGACUGCUCAGCGAUGUGGUUCAGAGAUACAAGUGAAUUUUCCGAAGCUUAUAGAGUUCAAAAAAGUAUGCCUGAAACUGAAAUACAACCCCACAAAGAAGUGUACGGCAUCGAUAUAGAAAAUUGGCAGAUUCCGAACAUUAGACGAUUCAGAGCUUUAAAGUUAUGGUUUGUUCUGAGGACUUAUGGUGUACAAGGAUUAAGAAAGCACAUAAGGGAUCAAUGUUCGCUCGCUGAGUAUUUUACAGAGUUACUCAAAGUCGACGAUAGGUUUGAAGUUCUCAAUUCUGUUAUGGGUUUGGUCUGUUUUAGAGUUAUGGGAGAUGACAGCGUAACCCGAAAAUUGCUAGAAAAAAUCAGCGAAAGAAGAAACCUAUUUUUGACUCCUUACACACACGAAGACCGAAUGUUGAUUAGAUUUGUAAUUUGUAGCCCUUUUACACAGAAAGAAGACAUUAAGUACGCUUGGAAUGAAAUUGUGUCCACACUGAACUUAAUAUUGGAUGUGGAGAGAAUAAAGGGAUAGCAUUAUUAAAACAUCAUUUUUACCUGUAUUAUAAACAAUAAAUAUACCAUUUUAU